CAUAAAACAGACAUACAAAAGCCCGAAAUCCACUUCACGUCCACUUGAGCAUUGCAAAAGAUUGGCUGCAGUUGCGUUUGGUUUUUUUUUUUGUUUUUAUGUACCUCUAUACAGUUUUGUGAAGUUGUUUAAUAGUUUGUUGGUCUUAAAAGUAAAAGAAACUAACAUUUAAAUAAUAGCAUAUAAAGCCAAACAAAAGGUAAACUUAGAGCCAAAUAACACCCACCACAGGCAGAGACAGAUCACGACCGCCAAACAAAAUGCUGAUAUCAACCAUAUCUACAGAUUCCGUUAUGACGGCCACAAACAACGAUGGUGGCACACACGAUGCGAAUGCAAUGGCCACUUGGGGCGCCCCAGCAGCCGGACCACGUAACACACAGGCAGCUGUCUCAGUGCGACAUGCGUUCAAAGCCUAUGGCAAAAAGAAGAAUGCCAAUCAGGUGUUAAACAAUCUCAAUAUGACAGUGCCCAAGGGAACAAUUUAUGGUCUUUUGGGUGCCUCCGGUUGUGGUAAGACUACACUUCUCUCCUGCAUCGUGGGACGUCGGUAUUUGGAUUCAGGCGAAAUUUUUGUGCUCGGUGGCAAACCCGGUACUCGAGGAUCUGGUGUGCCUGGCAAACGUGUGGGCUAUAUGCCGCAGGAGAUUGCCCUCUAUGGCGAGUUCUCUAUUCAAGAGACCAUGAUGUAUUUUGGCUGGAUAUUUGGCAUGGAAACCAAAGAGAUAUUGGAACGUUUGCAAUUUUUGCUUAAUUUCCUGGACUUGCCGUCCGAGAAGCGUUUGGUUAAGAAUCUCAGCGGUGGUCAGCAACGUCGUGUAAGUUUCGCCGUUGCCCUGAUGCAUGAUCCCGAGCUACUUAUUCUUGAUGAGCCAACUGUGGGUGUGGAUCCUCUAUUGCGUCAAAGCAUCUGGAAUCAUUUGGUUCACAUUACCAAGGCCGGACAGAAGACAGUGAUCAUAACUACACAUUAUAUUGAAGAAGCGCGACAAGCUCAUACGAUUGGUCUGAUGCGCUCAGGACACUUGCUGGCCGAGGAGUCGCCCAGCGUUUUGUUAACCAUGUACAAGUGCAUUAGUCUCGAGGAGGUGUUCCUCAAGCUCUCACGCAUUCAGAGCCAAAAGGGUGAUGUCACGCAUGUGAACUUCAGUAACAACAUCUCAUUGCAUGCCAUGGCAUUCGGCAGUAAAAUGGACAAGCCAAGUUCCAGCCAGGAAGGCGGUGUCGUUGGCCUUAACUUCCACCAGAGCAAGGAGGUGUUGAUCAACGAUAGCAAUGGAUCAAUUUACACGUUAAAUCAAGAACCGUAUAAUCCACCGCCAUCAAAACGGAAUAACAAUCCCAAUGAUGAAGAGAGUUGCCAAGAUUGCUAUGCCAGUCUCUGCAAAGUCACGUCCAAAGGAAAGAUUCGUGCCCUAUUGACCAAGAAUAUGUUGCGGAUGUGGCGCAAUGUUGGCGUGAUGUUAUUUAUCUUUGCCUUGCCCGUGAUGCAGGUGAUACUCUUCUGUUUGGCCAUAGGACGUGAUCCGCAAGGCCUCAAUCUGGCUAUAGUCAAUGGAGAAAUGAACGAUACGGAAACUUGCUUUUGGGAGGAUGGUUGCCACUUUGCCAAUUUGGGUUGUCGCUAUCUCAAUCAUCUCAAUACAACGGUGGUGAAAACGUAUUAUGAGAACAUAGAGGAUGCCAAGGCGGCAGUAAGGAACGGCGAUGCAUGGGGAGCUCUAUAUAUAACAGAGAAUUUCACCGAUGCCUUUACGGCACGUGCUGCCCUAGGUCGCGACUCUGAUGACGAGACAUUGGAACAGUCUGAGGUCAAGGUCUGGCUGGAUAUGUCAAACCAACAGAUUGGCGUCAUGUUGAACCGCGACAUACAAUUGGCUUAUCGUGACUUUGCCAUGGGUCUGCUUGGUCAGUGUGGCAAUAAUCCCAAAUUGGGCGAUGUGCCUAUUCAGUUCAGAGAUCCCAUAUACGGCACCAUGAAUCCUUCUUUCACUGAUUUCGUAGCACCUGGCGUGAUCUUGACCAUUGUGUUCUUCUUGGCUGUUGCUUUGACGUCAUCGGCACUUAUCAUUGAACGUACCGAGGGUCUAUUGGAUCGUUCUUGGGUUGCAGGCGUCUCGCCGGGCGAAAUUCUCUUCUCCCAUGUCGUUACCCAGUUUGUGGUCAUGUGUGGCCAGACCGCUUUGGUGCUCAUCUUCAUGCUGGUGGUCUUUGGAGUGACCAACAAUGGCGAUCUAUUUUGGGUUAUUGUACUGACACUGCUGCAAGGCAUGUGCGGCAUGUGUUUCGGUUUCCUCAUCUCAUCUGUCUGUGAGCUGGAACGUAAUGCCAUUCAACUGGCCCUGGGCUCCUUCUAUCCCACACUUUUGCUGUCUGGUGUUAUUUGGCCUAUUGAAGGCAUGCCAGUGGUGCUAAGAUACAUUUCACUGUGUCUGCCCUUGACAUUGGCCACCUCAUCGCUGCGUUCGAUAUUGACACGUGGCUGGGCGAUAUAUGAAUCUGACGUAUAUAUUGGCUAUCUGAGCACGCUCUCUUGGAUUUUGGGCUUCCUCAUUCUGACGCUGCUUGUGUUACGCGCGAAACGCGGCUAGAGUUUAAAAAGGGGCCCAUAAUUCUAGAUAUAUAGUAUAGUUUUGAGUUUAGUCGUCAUCGUCGUCCUCGUCGUCCCUUUCUAGUUCGUAAGAUGCUUAAGGUCCUAGCAACUUUUCAGUUUCGCUAUCUUCUGAAAUUUCUGUUUCUUCACUCCCUCUCUUUCCCUAUCUCUAUAUAUAUAGUUUUUUUAUAUCUGCCCAGAAACGUCAUAAAUUAUUUAAGCACACAUGCACCAACUUCUUCCUUUCCUUUCUGUUACUAUUGCCUCUUUAAAACUAUUCAAUAAUUUAGGUUUUUGCACAUUUUUAUAGUAUAAUUUGUAAGGUUUAGGUACUUAAAUGAAUUGUUGUAAAUAUCUUAGAUGAUCACAAAUCAAAAAAAAAAAAAACAAAACAAAAGUUAAUUUCGUGACGCAACAGACCGUCCAUUAUUUGCAAUUCAAUUUUCACGACCUUAUUCUUUAUUCAAAAAAAAGAAAAAAACUAAGAAAAGAAAAAAAC